AGAGUGUCGUAUGGUGGGGGUGUACCACUGAUGUGAAAUCGGCCGAAAGAAGUGAAUAUUUGCAGGAAUAAUAAGGAAUUGUAAGGAAUAUUACAAUAACUUAUUGGAUACCAGAGUAUUCGUAGAAGUUUGCAAGCUCAUUUUACAACUGCACCAGGUGGCCUCGUGUGUUCUGGUACCCGGCGAUGGCACAGCGGAGCGGGCAGGAGGACCCGGAGCGGUACCUAUUUGUGGACCGCGCAGUGGUGUACAACCCAGCCACGCAGGCCGACUGGACGGCCAAGAAGCUGGUGUGGAUCCCCUCAGAGCGGCAUGGCUUCGAGGCGGCCAGCAUCCGGGAGGAGCGCGGGGACGAGUGCGUGGUGGAGCUGGCGGAGAACGGGAAGAAGGCCGUGGUCAACAAGGACGACAUCCAGAAGAUGAACCCGCCCAAGUUCAGCAAGGUGGAGGACAUGGCCGAGCUCACCUGCCUGAACGAGGCGUCGGUGCUGCACAACCUGAAGGACCGCUACUACUCUGGACUCAUCUACACAUACUCUGGGCUCUUCUGUGUGGUCAUCAACCCUUAUAAAAACCUGCCCAUCUACUCGGAGAACAUCAUAGAAAUGUACAGGGGCAAGAAGAGGCACGAGAUGCCCCCUCACAUCUACGCCAUCUCAGAGUCUGCCUACAGAUGCAUGCUACAAGAUCGAGAGGACCAAUCCAUUCUUUGCACAGGUGAGUCGGGCGCCGGCAAGACGGAAAACACGAAAAAGGUCAUCCAAUACCUGGCACACGUUGCUUCCUCCCACAAAGGAAGGAAAGACCACAACAUUCCUCCAGAGUCUCCGAAACCAGUCAAACCACAGAGUGGACCCCUGUUCUAUGGUGAGUUGGAACGUCAGCUCCUACAAGCCAACCCCAUCCUCGAGUCUUUCGGCAACGCCAAGACGGUGAAGAACGACAACUCGUCGCGUUUCGGGAAGUUCAUCCGGAUUAACUUUGACGUCACCGGAUACAUCGUCGGGGCCAACAUCGAAACUUACCUGCUGGAGAAGUCCAGAGCCAUACGUCAAGCCAAAGACGAGAGGACCUUCCACGUCUUCUACCAGCUGCUGGCUGGGGCUGGAGAGCACCUCAAGUCGGACCUGCUCCUGGACGGCUUCAACAGCUACCGCUUCCUGUCCAACGGCAACAUCCCCAUCCCGGGCCAGCAGGACAAGGACAACUUCCAGGAGACCAUGGAGGCCAUGAACAUCAUGAGCUUCGCCCACGACGAGAUCCUGGCCAUGUUGAAGGUGGUGUCCUCUGUGCUCCAGUUUGGCAACGUCAUCUUCAAGAAGGAGAGGAACACGGACCAGGCCUCGAUGCCUGAAAACACAGCUGCCCAGAAGCUGUGUCAUUUGUUGGGGUUGAAUGUGAUGGAGUUCACCCGGGCCAUCCUGUCCCCCAGGAUCAAGGUGGGCCGAGACUACGUCCAGAAGGCCCAGACCAAAGAACAGGCUGACUUUGCGGUGGAGGCCCUGGCCAAGGCCACGUACGAGCGCCUGUUCCGCUGGCUGGUCCACCGCAUCAACAAGGCCCUGGACAGGACCAAGCGCCAGGGGGCCUCCUUCAUCGGCAUCCUGGACAUCGCCGGCUUCGAGAUCUUCCAGCUGAACUCCUUUGAGCAGAUGUGCAUCAACUACACCAACGAGAAGCUCCAGCAGCUGUUCAACCACACCAUGUUCAUCCUGGAGCAGGAGGAGUACCAGCGGGAGGGCAUCGAGUGGAGCUUCAUCGACUUCGGCCUGGACCUGCAACCCUGCAUCGACCUCAUCGAGAGACCGGCCAACCCUCCCGGAGUCCUGGCCCUGCUGGACGAGGAGUGCUGGUUCCCCAAGGCCACGGACAAGACGUUUGUGGACAAGCUGAGCCAGGAGCAGGGCACGCACACCAAGUUCCAGAAGCCUCGCCAGCUCAAGGACAAAGCUGACUUCUGCAUCAUCCACUACGCCGGCAAGGUGGACUACAAGGCAGACGAGUGGCUGAUGAAGAACAUGGACCCUCUGAACGACAACGUGGCCACUCUGCUGCACCAGUCCACCGACAAGUUUGUGGCCGAGCUCUGGAAAGACGUGGACCGCAUCGUGGGCCUGGACCAGGUGGCCGGUAUGAACGAGACGGCCUUCGGCUCCACCUACAAGACCAAGAAGGGCAUGUUCCGCACGGUGGGCCAGCUCUACAAGGAGUCCCUCACCAAGCUCAUGGCCACGCUCAGGAACACCAACCCCAACUUCGUCCGCUGCAUCAUCCCCAACCACGAGAAGAGGGCUGGGAAGCUGGAGCCCCACCUGGUCCUGGACCAGCUGAGGUGUAACGGGGUUCUGGAGGGGAUCCGCAUCUGCAGACAGGGCUUCCCCAACCGCAUCAUCUUCCAGGAGUUCAGACAAAGAUAUGAGAUCCUCACGCCCAACGCCAUCCCCAAAGGCUUCAUGGAUGGGAAGCAGGCCUGUGAGAGGAUGAUCCGCGCUCUGGAGCUGGAUCCUAACCUGUUCAGGAUCGGCCAGAGCAAGAUCUUCUUCCGGACGGGAGUCCUGGCUCACCUGGAGGAGGAGAGGGACCUGAAGAUCACCGACAUCAUCAUCUACUUCCAGUCCGUCUGCCGGGGCUACCUGGCACGCAAGGCUUUUUCCAAGAAGCAGCAGCAGCUGAGUGCUCUGAAGGUGCUGCAGAGGAACUGCGCCGCCUACCUGAAGCUACGCCACUGGCAGUGGUGGAGGCUCUUCACCAAGGUGAAGCCCCUGCUCCAGGUCACCAGGCAGGAAGAGGAGAUGCAGGCCAAAGAUGAAGAGCUGGUCAAGGUGAAGGAGAGGCAGAGCAAGGUGGAGAGCGAGCUGGUGGAGAUGGAGAAGAAACACCAGCAGCUCCUGGAGGAGAAGACCAUCCUGGCGGAGCAGCUCCAGGCCGAGACGGAGCUGUUCGCCGAGGCCGAGGAGAUGCGGGCCCGGCUGGCGGCCAAGAAGCAGGAGCUGGAGGAGAUCCUCCACGACCUGGAGUCCCGGGUGGAGGAGGAGGAGGAGAGGAACCAGGGCAUGCAGAACGAGAGGAAGAAGAUGCAGACACACAUCCAGGACCUGGAGGAGCAGCUGGACGAGGAGGAGGCGGCCAGGCAGAAGCUGCAGCUGGAGAAGGUGACGGCCGAGGCUAAGAUCAAGAAGAUGGAGGAGGACAUCCUGCAGCUGGAGGACCAGAACUCCAAGUUCCUUAAGGAGAAGAAGCUCCUGGAUGAGCGUGUGAGUGAGAUGACCUCUCAGCUGUCCGAGGAGGAGGAGAAGGCCAAGAACCUGGGCAAGGUGAAGAACAAGCAGGAGAUGCUGAUGGUCGACCUGGAGGAGCGCCUGAAGAAGGAGGAGAAAACUCGGCAGGAGCUGGAGAAGGCCAAGAGGAAGCUGGACGCAGAGACCACAGACCUGCAGGACCAGAUCGCUGAGCUGCAGGCCCAGAUAGAGGAGCUCAAGGUCCAGCUGGCCAAGAAGGAGGAGGAGCUGCAGGCCGCUCUGGCCAGGGGCGACGACGAGGCGGCCCAGAAGAACAACGCCCUGAAGCAGGUCCGGGAGCUGCAGGCCCAGCUGGCUGAGCUGCAGGAGGACCUGGAGUCGGAGAAGCUCUCCAGGAACAAGGCAGAGAAGCUGAAGAGGGACCUGAGCGAGGAGCUGGAGGCCCUGAAGACGGAGCUGGAGGACACGCUGGACACCACGGCCGCCCAGCAGGAGCUCAGGACCAAGCGAGAGCAGGAGGUGACCGAGCUGAAGAAGACCAUCGACGAGGAGACCAAGAACCACGAGGCCCAGAUCCUGGACAUGAGGCAGAGGCACUCCACCGCCCUGGAGGAGCUGUCUGAGCAGCUGGAGCAGGCCAAGAGGUUCAAGUCCAACCUGGAGAAGAACAAGCAGGGUCUGGAGAGCGACAACAAGGAGCUGUCCAGCGAGGUGAAGUGCCUCCAGCAGGCCAAGACCGAGUCGGAGUACAAGAGGAAGAAGAUGGAGGGCCAGCUGCAGGAGUCCAUGUCCCGGGCCACCGAGGGAGAGAGGGCCAAGGUGGAGCUGGCCGAGCGCACGCACAAACUACAGACGGAGCUGGACAACAUCUCAGCGCUGCUCGAGGACGCCGAGAAGAAGGGAAUCAAGCUGGCCAAGGACUCUGCCAGCCUGGACAGUCAGCUGCAGGACACUCAGGAGCUGCUCCAGGAGGAGACCCGUCAGAAGCUGAACCUGAGCGGACGUAUCCGUCAGCUGGAGGAGGACAAGAGCACCCUGCAGGAGCAGCAGGAGGAGGACGAGGAGGCGCGCAAGAACCUGGAGAAACAGCUGCACAGCCUGCAGGCCCAGCUCUUCGAAACCAAGAAGAAGCUGGAUGAGGACGUGGGGGCUCUGGAGGGUCUGGAGGAGGUGAAGAGGAGGCUGCAGAAGGACAUGGAGCUGACCGCCCAGCGCCUGGAGGAGAAGGCCUCCGCCUUCGACAAGAUGGAGAAGACCAAGAACCGCCUGCAGCAGGAGCUGGACGACCUCACGGUGGACCUGGACCACCAGCGACAGAUCGUGUCCAACCUGGAGAAGAAGCAGAAGAAGUUCGACCAGAUGCUGGCUGAGGAGAAGACCAUCUCGGCCCGCUACGCUGAGGAGCGUGACCGCGCGGAGGCCGAGGCCAGGGAGAAGGACACCAAGGCCCUGUCGAUGGCCCGGGCCCUGGAAGAGACCCUGGAGGCCAAGGAGGAGCUGGAGAGGUUCAACAAGCAGCUCCGCACCGAGAUGGAGGACCUGAUGAGCUCCAAGGACGACGUUGGCAAGAGCGUCCACGAGCUGGAGAAGUCCAAGCGCACCCUGGACCAGCAGCUGGAGGAGAUGCGGGUGCAGCUGGAGGAGCUGGAGGACGAGCUGCAGGCCACGGAGGACGCCAAGCUGCGCCUGGAGGUCAACAUGCAGGCCAUGAAGGCCCAGUUCGACAGGGACCUGCAAGCCCGGGACGAGCAGGGAGAGGAGAAGAAGAGAGCCCUGGUCAAGCAGGUGCGGGAGAUGGAGGCGGAGCUGGAGGACGAGAGGAAGCAGAGGGCCCUGGCCAUGGCCGCCAAGAAGAAGCUGGAGAUGGACCUGAAGGAGCUGGAGGCCCAGGUGGAGGCCGCCAACAAGGCCCGGGACGAGGCCAUCAAGCAGCUCAGGAAGCUCCAGGCCCAGAUGAAGGACUACCAGAGGGAGCUGGAGGAGGCCAGGGCCUCCAGAGAUGAGAUCUUCACCCAGUCCAAGGAGAACGAGAAGAAGCUGAAGGGCCUGGAGGCUGAGAUCCUACAGCUGACAGAGGACCUGGCGGCUUCAGAGAGGGCCCGUCGCCACGCCGAGCAGGAGAGGGACGAGCUGGCCGACGAGAUCUCCAACAGCGCAUCCGGAAAGUCGGCCCUGCUGGACGAGAAGAGGAGGCUGGAGGCUCGCAUCUCCCAGAUGGAGGAGGAGCUGGAGGAGGAGCAGGGCAACAUGGAGCUGCUCAACGACCGCUUCCGCAAGACCGCCAUGCAGGUGGACACCCUGAACACGGAGCUGGCCGGGGAGCGCAGCGCCGCCCAGAAGAGCGAGAGCGCCCGGCAGCAGAUGGAGCGGCAGAACAAGGAGCUGAAGGCCAAGCUGGGCGAGCUGGAGGGAGCCGUCAAGUCCAAGUUCAAGGCGUCCAUCAGCGCCCUGGAGGCCAAGAUCCUGCAGCUGGAGGAGCAGCUGGAGCAGGAGGCCAAGGAGAGAGCGGCGGCCAAUAAGAUCGUCCGACGCACCGAGAAAAAACUGAAGGAGGUGGUGAUGCAGGUUGAGGACGAGCGUCGCCAUGCCGACCAGUACAAGGAGCAGAUGGAGAAGGCCACCUCCCGUCUGAAGCAGCUGAAGAGGCAGCUGGAGGAGGCGGAGGAGGAGGCCACGAGGGCCAACGCCUCCCGCAGGAAGCUGCAGAGGGAGCUGGACGACGCCACCGAGGCCAGCGACGGGCUGACGCGCGAGGUCAACUCCCUGAAGAACCGCCUCAGGCGUGGUGGCCCCGUCAGCUUCUCCUCCGGACGCACGGGGCGCAGGAACCUCCAGAUCGAGGGCGCCUCCGGGGACGUAUCCGAAGACGACGCCGACAGCCGCACCAGCGACCUGAACGAGACGCAGGCCUCCAACGCAGAAUAGCUGCUCCCCCUCCCCUCCACCUAACCCUAACCUGUCUAUAUACACACCCAGCUAGCCGCCUCCCCACCCAGCCGACCCCCCCUCGCCACUAGCCUCCCCACCCCGUUACCUGCCUAUCUACCCAGGCACCUACCAGUCUUCCUGGCAGCAUGCACCUCAGACCUCCCCAGCCCUCUACACCAAGCCCCUCUUCCUCUCCAGGGGGUCAAAGCUGCCUUACUCUGUACACCCCCGCCUGGCCUGCCACUGGGCCACACGCUCCCCGCCAACAAAGAGCCAUGACCCCUCCAUAUAGCAACCUCCCUCCUCCAGGCUUGGCGUAUUAUGCGCUUCUUGCUAAACAAGAAAGUAUACUUAGGGUACAGGUGCUUUUUCUCUUCUCUCUCUCCCUCUCCUACUCUUUACAUGAAUGAAGUGCUUGCAGGUGGGCGUGGGAACGCAGGAGGAUGUUGGUUCCGCUCCCAGCCGCGCGACGACCACAAGGAGAACUCUCACUUAAGCUUGUUGUCUUUUUGCUAACCAACGACUACGAAGUGUCACUUUGUAAAGCCACGUACCACCCCCCCCCCCCCCCCCCGCCCCCCCCAACACACACCCACCCCUCCACUAGCAGAAGUAGGCCUCAUCACUAUAGUGUUCCCCCCCUCCCUCCUCCCAGGAUAGCCCGCCCCACCUGACGACACGGUCACCUGACGACACGGUCACCUCCAUCCCAUGGACUUUCCAAGCUGCCCUUCACUGCACGAGCCUCUCUCCAACGUGCACACUGACGGUGUCGCGCCUACGUAGACACACUACAGCGGAGGUGUACCCCCCCGUGGAAGUCAGAAGAAGAGAAAACAAGGACUGGAAAAAAUGUAUUACUGUGAAGAAAACAAAGGAGCCUUCUCUCUCUCCAAGGCGUCUUGUCUGGACGCGUUAGAAGAGCUUCGGGGGAGGGGCUUGGAAACGAUAAGGUCUCUGAGGUAUCCAGUCUUUUUUUCUUCUUUUUUUUUAUAUAUAUAUAUAUAUAAUUUUCUGUGCGUGUGUGUGUUUUGACUAAUCGGAGCACUCGUUGAUGUAUGGUAUAGAUGGGAUCUAUGCUUGGAUGGUUAUUGGUGCUGGAAACUGCACAGAACUGCACAACACAAUGGAUCUCUGUACCUGGAACUCAUCACUCUGGUAGUGUCCCCGUAAUGUACAGGUCGUACGUUCGAUUUCACUUGAUAAUGGCCUAUAUAAUAAUACAAAUAGUAAUUUAAAAAGUUCAAGCGCAGAGAUGGGGUUCCACCCACAGAAAGGAGGCGUUGUCGUCUCCCGACACAGGUGUGUCUGUGCCACAGUUUGGGACCGCCCCCUUCCCCUCACUCCAGACCCCCCAGCCCGGUCUCUGUCGAACGUCCCACCAACAUACACGCCCUCAUCAACACUCAGCUAGACAUUCCUGGACACGACAGCCAUCUACUGGGAAUGGCGCCAUCUCGGUCCUCUACAACCAGGAAGACACUACAGUCCCUGGUGAUAUUUAAACUCGCUAGGAAACAAGCCUCAAUAUCCAGAUUCCUCAACCCUCCGCCUCUGGUUUCUUUUGAUAACCUGGUGUCGUCGUUCAAAUGGAUUGCGAGUUGGAGACGAGUGACUCUCAACCGACUCCAUGUCAGUUGUAAUAUGUUUCUUUAAAGUGCCUUAGACACUAAAGAAGAGCAUACGUGGACUAUACAUGGGUGUACGCCCGUAUAAAACAAGUACAAACACACGCGUUGACAGUAUUAUAACGUGUUGGGGGGAAAUCCCAACCAGGAAAAAGAGCACUACUUAACUCUUGUGUAUUUUAAUUUGCUUCUUCAGAUCAUAUCCAGUGCGUCCUGUUCAUGCAUCCCAUUCCUAGUCACCUUCCCUAGGUAGAGCGUGGGUCAGAAAUCAGUGUUAUAAACUAGCGACAUGAGAUGUGGAGCCUUCUGCUUAGCCCCGCCCCCCCCCAUCCCCGUCGAGCAGGAAGUGAUUUAAUUUGGUUAAAAGCUUUAACAUCCAUGAGUCUAGUUAACUCUUUAUUUUUUAUCAUCCUCAAAACUGGCUGUUGACAACCAGCCAUUUCAACUGCAAAUACUCCCAUUUUAUUCCUUGUAUACCUUGUAUUUCUAGACAGUGAUUUUUUUGUAAAAGACAAAUAAAGCAUAAUCAUUGUA